AUGUUUAUCAACUGGGCACACUUUAUAAUUCCCAAAAUGUCUCUAAUUUUAACUUUGAUUGCUAAUCCCGUAUUUAUUUAUCUUAUCCAUACUGAAAAAUCCUUUCAAUUUGGAAGUUAUAAAUAUCUUUUGCUCUUUUUCGCAAUUUUCAAUUUAAUUGCUGCUGUUUUUGACACACUCGUUCCAUGUUACGUUCACAUUUAUAGGUAUUCUGCUGUAUAUUUUAUACUCGAUGGUCCAUUUUUCGAGAAAUCUCGAAUCGGAGAAUUUCUUGUUGCCGGACGUUGUGCACUUAUUGGUGGAACCUAUGGAGUACUAAAUUCCCAUUUUGUCUAUCGGUUUUUAUCACUUAACAAUCACCAUUUUGUAAACCAGUACUUCCUACCUUACGGUCUAAUUUUAUCAAUGCUCUGGGUCCUUUUUCAUUUUCUCUCCUGGGCUGUAAUCACUGAUCUAUUGAUGCUACCCGACUUGGAGUCUAGAAAUUAUGUGAGAGAAUCAUUUGAGAAAAUUUAUGGAUCGAUGGAAAACUUGAGCAUAAAGAUUGCGAUUUAUUCGGAAGUAUCUACUGAAAAGAUGGUUGAUUCAUGGUUUGGAACUUCUUGGGUGACACUGCUAAACUCGUAUUCCGUUAUUUUAUAUUUUGUAUUAGGAUACAAGAUAAUGACAAGUUUGAGUUGUGGUUUGGACUAUAUGAGUCCGCGGACCCUCCUUAUGCAAAGACGAUUGUUUUACGCAUUGGCCAUUCAAACAGUUAUUCCAAUUUUUGUUAGCUUCUUGCCCACUGUUUUUGUAUCUUAUGGAGCGGCGCUUGGAAUUAGUGUUUAUAGUUGGAUAAGUUGGGGCUCCGCAAUUGCUGUAACAUUUUUCCCAUUCCUGGAUCCACUGGCUAUCACAAUGUGUCUGCCAGCUCUUCGACAUAGGAUAUUUUCGAGAAACAAAAUUUAUAAUUUGACUUCUAAUUUGUCGAAUCGAAUCAUUUAUAGUAGUUCAAACAGGUUAUGA